GGUAUGUAUAUUAUGUAACAUGGGAAAUCUUUAUAAAAAGACAUCUGCUGAUCAGUAGAGCUCUACAACAAUGUCAGGGAAGCCAAGGGCAACCGGGAAAGAUGAAGUUGUGACCAGAGAGUACACCAUCAAUCUCCACAAACGCUUGCAUGGGUGCACCUUCAAGAAGAAGGCACCCAAGGCAAUAAAGAAGAUAAGGAAGUUUGCUCAAAAAGCAAUGGGGACAACAGAUGUUAGGGUUGAUGUGAACCUAAACAAACAGAUUUGGAGCAAAGGGAUCCGAAGUGUGCCGAGGAGGGUCCGUGUCCGAAUUGCAAGGAAGAGGAAUGACGAUGAAGAUGCCAAGGAAGAACUUUACUCACUGGUUACUGUUGCUGAGGCUCCAGAGGGACUUAAGGGCUUAAGACUAAAUUUAUCUCUUCCAGUUUUGGCUGUUGUCCUUUCUCAACUACUAUCAUUGAGUGUGUUGUCAUUUUGAUUUUUAGACUUGACAAAUCAUCGUAUGUGUUAAAGACAAAAUUUG